AUGGCAGCCACUAUCACCCGCGCUUUCACCAAACGCACCAAGAGACCGGAAAUCUCAACUCCCAUGCCAUACCGCGAUGGCCAGGUAAAGUAUGCGCCCGGCACCAUCCGUCGUGGCAAGAUUUCCGGGCCUGUGGAACUCCUAUCGGCUACCAACCCGCUGGUGUACAACGCCCCUGAUCUUGCCCUCGCCUCUGCAGUGUCAUCAUCUUCGUCCUCCUCAUCGCUUCGGUCUUCUGAUGACAGCGAUGCCACACCUUUCUCCCCCAUAACGCCAGUAUCGGCUGAGCCGGAGGUCCCCAUGGAGCCAAACCAUUUGUCUGGAUACUUUCCCAAGCGAUCGGCGACUAUCGCCAGCACGCCUCGCUCUUCGACAUCUUCGACGGGCGUAGAUGCGCCUAGCGUGCCAAAACGUGCGCUGUCGCAUACGAAGAAAUCGCAUCAGGACCUUGCGCGAAAGCGUUCUGUGUCGAGAAUGUCUCCGCCACCAUCUUCUCUGGCCACAGCUACGACUACGACCCGUCGCAGCCAAGACCGGUCUUUUGCACCGGUGCCUGAAUAUGCAGAGCACCCAUUCAGCCGCGAACUCGAUAAGGUGAAUGAAGUGGCGGAGGACUUUGGUGCGUUGAAACUUUUGGAAGAGGAGGAACAGAUUCUUAUCAACAAAGGCUUGAAAAAGUUUUCGCUCGACGACUAUCUUUGCGAAAUUGAAGAGCUCUACGGCGGUGUGUUUGACGAUAAUAUCGGUUCUAUGGCAAGUCAUACGUGGUUCUGA